GGGGAGUCGGGGGGAGGGGGAGCCAAGAUGGCGGCGCAAGAGGAGGAGGAGGUGGUCUCGCUGUCGCCGCUGCCGCCGACUUGCGGGAUGAGGCCGUUUCCUGGAGACCUGCGCAUCCAGCGCUCUUGAUCCCACAACUUGGCACAACCGCCGUCGAGAAUGUCCAGCUCAAGCUACCCUCCCAACCAAGGGGCCUUCAGCACAGAACAGGGCCGCUACCCGUCCCAUUCGGUCCAGUAUACCUUUCCCAGUGGCCGGCACCAGCAGGAGUUUGCCGUCCCAGAUUUCCGCACGUCCCACUUGGAAGUCAGCCAGGGGAGCCAACUUUUGCAGCAGCAGCAGCAGCUCCGUCGUCGCCCGUCUUUGCUUUCCGAAUUUCAUCCUGGCUCGGACCGGCCUCAGGAGAGGAGGUCUGCCUACGAGGCCCAGUUCCACCCUGGCCCGUCCCAAGGCGAUCAUGACGGGCUGGAUUCCAAGCGGCCACGCCUGGAUCAAGUUUCCGACCCUCAUUACCAGCGGGUCGGUGCGACGUCGGUCCUGCCCUUGGCCCACCAGCUGCAGGAAGGACUGCGAUCCUCAGAGUUAAAGAAGGAGCCCGUCUUCGGAGGCAAGCAUGAAGACCCGCCCUUGCCCCUGUCGAGCCAGUCGUGCGGGGAGGAUCAGAACGCCUCCCCCUCCAAGCUGUCGAAGGAAGAGCUGAUCCAGAGCAUGGACCGGGUGGACCGGGAGAUCGCCAAAGUGGAGCAGCAGAUCCUCAAACUGAGGAAAAAGCAGCAACAGCUGGAGGAAGAAGCCGCCAAACCGCCUGAACCGGAGAAGCCCGUCUCCCCUCCGCCGGUGGAGCAGAAACAUCGCAGCAUCGUCCAGAUUAUCUACGAUGAGAAUCGGAAGAAAGCCGAGGAAGCUCAUAAGAUUUUCGAAGGGCUGGGCCCGAAAGUGGAGCUGCCUCUUUACAACCAGCCUUCCGACACAAAAGUGUACCAUGAAAACAUCAAAACGAACCAAGUGAUGAGAAAAAAGCUGAUUUUGUUUUUCAAGCGAAGGAAUCAUGCCAGAAAACAAAGGGAGCAGAAGAUCUGCCAGCGCUACGACCAACUGAUGGAGGCCUGGGAGAAGAAGGUGGACCGGAUCGAGAACAACCCCCGCCGGAAGGCCAAAGAAAGCAAAACCCGGGAAUAUUACGAGAAGCAGUUCCCGGAGAUCCGGAAGCAGCGGGAACAGCAGGAGAGAUUCCAACGGGUGGGUCAAAGAGGAACCGGCCUUUCGGCCACCAUCGCUCGGAGCGAGCACGAAAUCUCGGAGAUCAUCGACGGGCUGUCGGAGCAGGAGAACAACGAGAAGCAAAUGCGCCAGCUGUCCGUCAUCCCCCCCAUGAUGUUCGAUGCCGAACAGCGACGCGUGAAGUUCAUCAACAUGAAUGGGCUGAUGGAGGACCCCAUGAAGGUCUACAAGGAUCGGCAGUUCAUGAACGUCUGGACCGAUCACGAGAAGGAGAUCUUUAAAGAAAAAUUUGUCCAGCAUCCUAAGAAUUUUGGCCUGAUUGCUUCCUAUUUGGAAAGAAAGAACGUGCCCGACUGCGUCCUGUAUUAUUACUUGACCAAGAAAAAUGAAAACUACAAGGCCCUGGUGCGACGGAACUACGGCAAGCGGCGAGGGAGAAACCAGCAACAGAUCUCUCGUCCUUCUCAAGACGAAAAAGUCGAAGAAAAAAUAGAGGAGGAGAAAGCGGAGAAAACUGAGAAAAAGGAGGAGGAGAAAAGAGAUGAGGAGGAAAAAGACGAGAAAGAAGAAUCCAAGGAAAAUAUCAAGGAGAAGGAGAAGGUCGAAGCCCAGCCGGAAGAGCCCGAAGAACGGGAGCCCGCCGUUCCGAGAGGACGCAAGACCGCCAACAGCCAAGGCCGGCGCAAAGGCCGGGUCACCCGAUCGAUGACGAACGAAGCCGCGGCGGCUAACGCGGCCGCCGCCACCGAGGAGCCACCCCCACCGCUGCCGCCCCCGCCGGAACCCUCUUCCGCGGAGCCAGUGGAGACCUCGCGCUGGACGGAAGAAGAGAUGGAGGUGGCAAAAAAAGGGCUGGUGGAACACGGGCGCAACUGGGCGGCCAUCGCCAAGAUGGUGGGCACCAAGAGCGAAGCCCAGUGCAAGAACUUCUACUUCAACUACAAACGGAGGCACAAUCUGGACAGCCUCCUUCAGCAAUACAAGCAGAAGAGUUCUCGAAGGCCGCGCGAGGAACGGGAAGUUUCGCAGUGCGAGAGCGUGGCGUCCACCGUCUCCGCGCAGGAAGACGAGGACAUUGAGGCCUCCAACGAGGAGGAGAACCCCGAAGACAGCGAAGGUGCCGAAAACAGCUCCGAUACGGAAAGUGCCCCGUCUCCUUCUCCGACCGAGACUUCCAAACCUUCAGAGGAUAUCCCUCUGGACAGCAGCUCUUCCCGGAUGACCACCGAGGCGGUGGCUGAGCAGGACUCUGCCAUGAAACCAGCCCCCAGCGCCUCCCCUCCCUCGGCAACCCAGGGAACGAAGCCGGCCGAGAGCGAAGUGGCCGAGCUGCAGGUGAAAAUCGAGGCCAAGUCCGAAGUGGAGGAACUGAUGGAGACGGAGAGCAGGAUCCCCAUGGUGGACGUCAAGCCCGUCCUCAACCUGGCUGCCGGCCCCAAAGUGGAGCCCGUAGAGGUGGACACCAAACCCCCGCUAGACAUUGAAGUCAAGGUAGAGAACGAGGUCAGGGAGAGGGACGAGGACGGGCCGAAGGAGAAGCUGGAGCCAGACGGGGAGGAUUUCGGCUUGACCCACCAGGCCGGUGCUCAGAGGAUGGAGCCCAGCUCGGACAACGACAACGACUCCAGUGCCACUUGCAGCGCUGACGAAGAAGUGGACGGGGAGCCCGAAAGGCAGAGGAUCUUUACCAUGGACUCCAAGCCUUCCCUUUUAAAUCCCACCGGACCCCUGCUGGUGUCCUCUGCGAUUAAACAAGGGCCGAUGGAUCUACAGCAGCUUCAGCACCGGGCAGCUGUUAUACCACCAAUGGAACGGCUGCCCAUCAUCCCCGGCUUCCCCACCAGCGGCUACACCCUCCUCCAUCAGCACAUCAAGGCUAUGCACAAGUCCAGCAUCGUGGAGGAACAGCAACGCCAGAGGCAAGAGCAGAUGGAGGUGGAUUUCCGCAGGUCCUCCAGUCCCUGCGGCCCUUCGAAGAGCCCGAACGUCGAGUGGGAUGCCAAGACCGUGGCCUACAUGCCUUACUCCGAAGUCAAGCGGGCCAUGGAUCAGGAAGCCCAGAUGCAGAACGCGGCGGCCCGCGCAGGCUCCCCCUACCGCCUGUCUCCCCGGGAGAUGAACAAGGCUUCUCCCCAGCCGGAGAUGAACGCCACCCGCUACAGUGUCCCACCAGUCCUCCAGCCAGCUCCCCAUCAAGUCAUCACGAAUCUCCCGGAAGGGGUCCGGCCCCCACCCACCCGGCCCACCCGGCCGCCCCCACCGCUGAUCCCCUCCUCCAAGACGGUGGUGCCUUCGGAGAAGCCCUCCUUCAUCAUGGGAGGCUCCAUUUCACAAGGAACACCGGGCACUUACCUGUCCCACAGUCAGAGCUCUUACGGUCAGGAGCCAGCCAAGCCACCUGGAGGCUCCAUUUCGCUCGGCUUGCCAAGACAGCAGGAUUCCAAGUCAGGUUCCCUGCCGUACAUCAAGCAAGAAGAAUUUUCACCCCGGAGCCAAAACUCACAGCCCGAAGGCCUGUUGGUGAGAGCUCAGCAUGAAGGAGUCGUUCGAGGUACAACCACCAUCCAGGAAGGGAGCAUCACCCGAGGGACUCCCACCAGCAAACUUUCCAUGGAAGCGAUGCCUGCUUUGCGCGGCUCCAUCACUCAGGGAACCCCGGCUUUGUCCCAGCCUGGAAUUGCAGCGGAUGUUCUGCUCAAAGGCACCAUCACCCGUCUGGCUACGGAGGACAGCAGUCCGGAGAAGAGCCGAGAAGAGAUGGCCACCUCCAAAGGCCACGUCAUUUACGAGGGGAAGAGCGGCCACAUCAUUACCUACGAUGCCAUCAAGAAUGUCCGGGAAGGAACGCGGAGCCCAAGGACCGCUCACGACAUGGGCCUCAAACGGACCUAUGAAGCCAUGGAAGGAAACAUCAAGCAGGCAAUGUCAAUGAGAGAAUCUCCCACGCCUUUAGAAGGCUUAAUCUGCCGGGCUGUGCCUCAAGGCAGUCCCCACUCCGACAUGAAGGAGAGGACUGUGUUGGCGGGCUCCAUAAUGCAAGGCACCCCGCGAUCGACCGCUGAGAGCUACGAAAUCGGGCUCAAGUACCCCAAGAUCAAGAGGGAGUCUCCCCCCAUGAGGACCUUUGAGGGAGCCAUCACCAAGGGGAAGCCCUACGACGCGGUCACCACCAUCAAGGAGAUGGGGCGCUCGGUCCACGAAAUCCCCCGGCAGGACCUGUUGAAUCAGGAAAGCCAGAAGUCUCCCGAUCUCGUCCCUCACGUCCGCCCCAUCAUCGAAGGAUCCAUCUCCCAGGGGACGCCCAUCAAGUAUGAGAGCAGCUCCUGCCAGUCGGCUAUCAAGCACAACGUCAAGUCCCUGAUCACCGGGCCCAGCAAACUCUCGCGAGGCCUCCCGCCCAUGGAGAUGGUCCCCGAGAACGUGAAGGUGGUGGAACGCGGGAAGCACGAAGACCCCAAGGCUGGAGAGAUGCGCUCUCGCCACACCUCGGUGGUCAGCUCGGGGCCCUCCGUCCUGCGGUCCACGCUCCACGAGGCUCCCAAGUCCCAAGUCAGUCCCGGGAUCUACGAGGAUCCCAACGCCAGGAGGACCCCAGUGGGCUAUCAAAGCCUGUCCAGAAGUUCACCCAUGAUGAACCGCGGCGAAGGUAGGCAGCCUCGGAGGCUUUGCGGCUUCCGUUAAUGGUCAGCGGGACGAGGGAGAAAAAAAAUGGAUCAAUUGAGCAGGCAAUCUACUAACCAUCUACCCGUUCUGAGUCUCUGGAACUCAGAAAGACUUUAAUUGGUUAUAUUUGUAUUUUUUUUUUUAGUAUUUCAGCAUGGGUACUAAUGGCUUCCUCCUGUGGUAUUGCUGUACAGGUGCUCCUCGGCUUACAAAUGUUUGUUUAGCGCGCUUCCAAUUGCUAAGCAAGAUAUUUGUUAAGGGAGUCGCUCUCGGUUUUAACCACCUUUGGGUGACAGUUGUUAAACAAAUUGCUGCCAUUAGUGUUACUGAAUCCUGGAGUCGUCAAGCAAUUUCCAGAAGGAAGGGAGGGAAGGAAGGAGGGAGGGCACAGAAAGAGGAAGGGAAAGAA